GCUCAGUACCUCCUACUUUCGUUCUCCGUAGCGUAGGAGGCUCUUGAUAACACCUGAAGAAUCGGUAGCAGCUGUUUGUGUAACGCUAAGGAAAUGGCACGAAUCUUUGUUUGCUCUUUUCUCUUACUAUGUGUGACAGUUGUAUAUAUGUCAGCGAGCACAUCGGCGGCAACACAGUUCCCGUUGUUGAUGCCUCACGUUCGACCCACACAGAAUGAAACGUACCUCUGUACAGCAUUCCACAUAACACCGAGCAAGCAUAAGUAUGUGGUGGCAUUCAAGCCAAAUGCAACAAUGCACGUGGCCCACCACAUUCUGAUCUACGGCUGUCUGGAACCGGGCUACCGUGAGCAGGAUUCUCCGCGUGCGGUGUGGGACUGUGGAGAGAUGAGCAAGUCCAACUCAGAGUUCUUUCGAGGGCCGACCUGUGCUCGAGGACCUCAGAUCAUAUACGCAUGGGCUCGGGACGCUCCGCCUCUUUCACUUCCAGAAGGUGUGGGCUUCAAGAUUGGCGGCAAUAGUGGCAUCAAGUAUUUGGUGCUUCAAGUUCAUUAUGCCGACACUACCGCAUUCCUUGACCCAAGAAAGACGGACAUGUCUGGUAUUGUCCUCUCUGUGUUGCCUGGAGACACACAGCUCGUGAAACGACGAGCUGGUAUUUACCUUCUGGGAACGGGAGGCAUGAUUCCUUCGCACAAAACGGAACACUUCGAAACUGCCUGUCUCAUCGACGAGAACUUGACCCUGUAUCCAUUUGCAUUCAGGACUCAUACACACAAACUUGGCAAGGCUGUAUCUGGUUAUGUUGUUAGAAAUGGCCGGUGGAUUAACAUUGGGAAGCACGACCCAUUGCAGCCGCAGAUGUUCUACCCCGCAAACAAGGGCAUCAAGGUCACCAAGGGUGACAUCUUGGCUGCCCGCUGCACCAUGUACAACUUCAGAAAUAGGCCAACCUAUGUUGGCUCCACGGGCAACGACGAAAUGUGCAACUUCUACAUGAUGUACUAUGUGGAUGGUGACAGGAUCCUUGACAAGAAGGACUGCUUUUCCUACGGGCCACCAGUCUACUAUUGGGGCCGUGAUCCUCUCCUCGCUGACUCACUUACUACCCAGAUUGACAGAGAUGCGAGCACUCUCGAGUAACUUUUUCUCGCACCCUCGCAUGAGCCACUGACAUUUCUGUGUGACCGGUCUCCUUGACUCCCGUUUUUCUCCCCACGAUUUGCCGACUUCCUGACCAUCAUUUCUUAACUCCCACUUUGGCUCCAGCAACACUUAAGCUGGCAGUAGUAAGAAAUGGCUGGUUCAAAGGGUCUCAACUGUGAGAACAAGCCUGCGCGGUCGUGUCAUCACUGACCUUGGCAGCUUAGCGGCUUGGUGCUUGCCCAACUCUGAAUGCUCGAGAUAGAGGAUCAGUGGACUUGUGUUGCAAGAGCUCUGCUUAUCGCUUUUCAAUUUUUAUUUUAUAGAAUUAACUCACUUAUUUGCAAACAAGCCUGGAAUUUAGUCUGUUCCCAAAAUCCCACCAAGUGGGAGGGCAAAUCGCGCUCUCAACUGAUUCAUCAAUCAACGUUCCCUGAUGAACAUCCUCAUAAUUGGGCACAUUCAGUAUUUUCUUGGAGGAAAUGGAAUCAAGGGCUGUUUCCCAAUGAACUCUCAGCUGCAGUAAUUAGAGAGGAAAGUUUUUAAAGUUUGGUGAUUACUGCAGCCAUGUGACUGCAUUGUCGUUCUCAAGUCCGGGCCUUUUGCAUGUCUAAGUGCAAGGUAUUCGAGUGUCUUCAAACAAGACGAACACACUUUGUUUAUUUAAGUCAUCCUUCAUUAUUUGUUUCACUCAUAACUGUGCUCGUUUUCACUGUACUGUCACUUGUUACUUUCAACUAUGAGUACUCGUAUAUCAAAGAAUGCACAGCUGAGCAACACAUGCCACUCUUGGUACUUGUUGGCGUACGUAUUGAUAUUUUUUUUGUCCCUUGCUUACGAUACCAUGAAAAGUAUUUCUUGAACCCACUGUGGUAUUUCAAUGGCUAUGUUGCGCUGCUGAGCAAGAGGUUGUGGUUUCUAUCCCAACAGUAGCAACUGCAUUUGGUGGAGGUGAAAUGCCAAAACACGGGUACUUAGAUUGAGUUGUUUGUUAAGCAACCUCAGGUGGUCAAAUUUAAUGUGGAAUCUUCCCUUAUGGCAUACUUCAUAAUCAGAUUAUGGAUCUUAAAGUACUUUUUUCUGAAAGACUGCAAUGAUUUAGUUGCAUGAACAUAUUUUUUUUAACAAUGCCUCUGCUAAAUAAAAAUGUUAGCAAUGAAGAGCAGAGUCUGAAAAUGAAAAAGGGUUGAUCGGCUGAGAAGGGUCAAUGCAUCCCAUUCAAAAUUGAAAUCUAGCAAGAUGAUCAAGAUGAAAAUGGAUCAAAACAGAUAUGCAUGCAGAUACCGUAUUUACUCGAACCUAAGCCGAUGUUUUUUUUUCGAAAAAACGACGUGCGAAAGUGGCGGCGUUGGCUUAGAUUCGAGUACAAUGAAUAAGUUUUUUUUUCUGGCCUUGCGAAUUUCUGGGGCGGGCUUAGAAUCGGGGUCGGCCUAGAUUCAAGUAAAUACGGUACUUCUCACUUCGUAAUGUGUAAUCGACCCAUUUUCCCUCUUCCUGCCUCAUCUUCUUUCCUUUUAUUCACCCUAGCCUCUGUACCUGUAAUGAGAUACCUCAGAAUUUAUGCCUCUAACUGAGCUUUUUUCUUUUUCAACUAAAAAAAAUCCAAUCCAUGUUUCUUGUAAGACAUGCACUGAAGCAGGGUUCGAAGCAGGUUCUCUUGUGUCAUCAAUUUAUUAUUUUUAAUGAAAACCAGUCACUUCUAAGUCUUUUUCUCUCUCCAUUGAAAUGAGCGUUCGCUUGCUUUCAUAAGCUCUCAGUUUUCAGUGACUUGUCUAUGUGUACAGUUGCCAUUGCACUUUAUACAAGGCUACAUCACAGUAAGCUGCGUCAAGGUCAGGUCUGUGUGCAAAGAUAGAAUAUAUAUAUAUUUCCAAACUUGACAUAUUUUGUGGUUAGCCUUGAUUGCUCCGAGGUGAACUCGUAAAACUGUUGUGAAUAGCACCAUGAUCGAAGGGCUCGCAAAAUGAUGAAUCGAUCUGAGGGUAAUUUGUUCAUUUAACCUUGAAGUGGGGCUUCGCGGCAGUGCGGAUUUCCCCUGGAUAAGUGUGUUCACGAUAUAGCACCCCUCCACUGCAGUGAAACAACCUUUACAGGGGGUUACAGGCAGUUUAUGUCUAUUCGUUCAUUUCGAAUACUUCGAAAUUUAGAAUAAUUUAAGUUCGUUUCGAAGCGAAUUCGAAUACUGUAAUAAUCGUUCGAAUAUUCGCACAAGCCUAUUUACAGCGAGCUGCUGCAAAGUUUAGACGGAUGAAAGCUGUAUCUUGCGAGAUAGUACUGAAGAGCCAAGUUGGUUUAGUUCAGCUUUGGUUGCUAAUACAUUAGAUAUACUGUACUUAGUCACUACAAAAAUAAUUACAGCUUGGAAGAAAUAAAGUAAAGCAUACCUAUCUAGAAUGUUGUGCAAUUCGAUUAUGCCACUUAUCUGCAUGAGGAAUGCACAGCUGAACAGCUGCUACACUGACAGUUCUAGAACGUUAUUCUACGCCUUUGGGGAAGACUAAGAUCUUGACACAUCGUUGUUUGAAUGUUUAGGCUGUCAUGCAUCUCCCAUUCCCCUAUCCAGAACACAUGCAGCAGUCAAAAUACUUGCAAUCUCUGCAGUUAAGAUCUUUGUUGGUGCCCGGUUGAAAUAUUUUAUCCUUGAACAUAUGUUGUGCAGUUACUUUUUAUGUUCUCUAUGGCAUGCUGUUUUAUGGUUAUUUAUGUGCUAGUCACUGCAUAUAUUCUAAACUACAGUACUUAACUGACAGUCUUUGUCGGAAGUAUACAAGAUUACGUUGUGACCACCGUUGCCCUCUACAGGCUAUAGGGACUUUUUGUGAUAUGCCAAAAGUCCCAACAUCCUGGAGACUGAAUGUUACUGCUAAAAUGUUGAAAGUCAGAUCUGUUCGGUGUACUAUCAAUAUUUCAGCAUCCACGCAAGUUAUAUAUGUACACGUAGGCGUGAAGUAGCCCGUAUGGUGUUUUUGACAAAAGCUGUAUGUACUGAAAUCGUUGUUGUUCUUAUAAGUGGUAAUUUUGAUAACUUAUUCUGGGGGGCAUUGUUUUAUACAGUACUGGUAAUUAUUUAUAAUGAGUUUUUAAAACCAUGAAUUUUGCAAAGAAGCAUCUAGAUGGAGAGGGGACCAAUGAAGAUGUUUACUACCAUACACUGCAGACUAAUCGUAUGUUCGGCUGGAUGCCACUGUGCUCUCACUUGAAUUGCAACGAUGCAGAGCCCGCUAUUGAUCCAAACAAAAAAAACAUAUCUGAGUGAAACGUGCAGUCACUUGAUAGAGCAGUUGGAGGUCAGAAAAGGAAGCAUGCGACGUCUUCUGUUGCAAACAAACAAGGCCUACAGAUGCUGAGGAACUGCUGUAUAAUCAGCCGCAACCGACAUCUCGCCAGAAUGAAAACUGCAGGAAUCACCUCAUCAGAUCUUGGUCGCACUACCAGUUUGAGUGCAGUGCUCUGACAGAACCAGCUGAACAUAUUUAGAGAACUCGAUUUCGACUAGUUGAAUGUGAGGCGUGUCACAGAGCACUCUGGAGCUACUGAAAAGAACCAGCUGCAUGUACCAUAAGCGGUGACAUUAAGAUGUAACUGGACUUUCUAAGUCCAGGAGCAGCACAUAUUCUCUGUAGCAACGCCUUUUGCUCGAUUGAAUGAAAGGUUCGUGUAAUUAUGCGAGGUUCUGAUUCGUUGAUCUGAGUUGUUCGUAGUUUGACCAAAAACAAACUGACAAACUGUUUCACCAAGCUGUUUGAUGCUGGUAGCAAUGCACUUACCAUAUUGUCCCUGUGAUCUUUAUAAUUGUGUGUGAUCUUUAUAAUUGUAUGCCUUUUAUGUCCAGUACACUCCAGUAAAUACAUUCCAAGAAGCUUUGUAGUUCAACUAUGUGUAUUACAAAUGUCAUUUCUUCCCAUUUACAAAUACUACUGUGAAACUGACAACUCUUUCUUAUUAUUUAGGCUGUAAUCCAAAACGUAACUGUGCAUGUUGUACAUAUGUGACUCGUGUCCAUUCCCCUGUGCUGUUAAUGUCAGAAGUAUAAGCAGUAGUAAAUCUUAUCUGUUGCAGUGUCGUUCAUGUGUUACGUGCCUGUAGCACUGCAGAACAUUUGACAGGUGUAAUUGAACGUGCUGGGAAAUCUGCCUCCUGCUUGAGUUAUUAUAUAUAAUAACUAUUUGCUUGACCUCAGUUGCUUUGAAAAAAAAAAUGGUUUGUUUUGGAGAAAUGUAUGUUCUGCUGGUCAGCCAGAUCAUCAUUUUCGUAGACACCACCAAGAAUGGCAAUUUGGGCUAGUUGGUUAAAUUGCAUUUCUAAAGGUUUUUGCAGCGCAAGCACGUUAAGUGCUGAAGGAAAGGCGACACAGCGAAGGACGGAAGGCAAAGAGGCGCUUGUGUACGUCCCUCUUCGCCUUCCGUCCUUCACUGUGCCGCCUUUCCUUCAGCACUUAAGUGCUUGCGCUGCAAACACCUUUAAUAAGACACCACCAAGCUAUCACAUAUUGCUGCUUUCUUAUUACCAUUCAGAUCUCGCAUGGCAAUAGCAUCCUGCAGUCUGUUUUGUACAGUAACAAAUUUUGACUUUCUGUGGAGAAAUUGGAAAACCAAUAUCGUCUUAUCUCACAUAGGGGCAAACAUAAUGUUAAAAAUGGAUGGACACAAUCAUGUAUGUCUCUCCAGAACAUGCCUACUGCUAGUUUUGUGUUAGUACUACUUACCUGCAAUCAAGAAAAUUGAUGAAACACCAUGAAAUAGGCAGCAGAGACAAGACGGUAUGCCACACUGCUUGUCAUACCGAGUGCUAGGGCUCCAAAUGACACUGGCCCGUUUUUUUUUUUUUUUAGUGGAUGAACCAGAGAUCAUGUAUCUGUGAGCACUUUGUCAGACAGCACUCUUGCGCCCUCUGAUGGCACACUUGGUAUCCACUCAUGGAAUAAUAUAAACAUGUGCAUCCUUUAGUGUUUGUUUCACUGCCAAUAAACCUUGUUUGAUCUGACAAGCUUGCUAUCAGAAUUGUGAUGAGUUACACUAGAUGAGUGGUGCCCAUUUUGUCUGGGGGGUGUGUGCGGUAUCACACUUCAUUAUGACAAACACACAGCCCUCCUAGCAUAGUAUUGCAUUGAUUGUAAUUAUGAUAGCAAGAUGGCCAGAAUGAAGCACAUAAAUGACUUAGCACAGGCGAUAACAGCAUCAAACAAGAAGGCCCAAGAAAUCUCUGAUGAGUUAUCAGUCUACUAAACAGCUACGAAACCUGUGUUUUUGUUGUUUUAAUGUAAUGUACAUAAAGUCUCUCUUGUGUUUUCAAGAAAAAGUAAAGGCAUACAUUGUAUCAGGACUUCUAGUUACGGUUUUUCAUAUAGGUUAUGGCCAAACCUGACUUGUAAAAUGUUAGAAGCUACAUGUGAAUUGCACUUAAAAGUGUUGAAACCUUGUGGGAUCCUGUUUUGUGGCACUCCACCUAUUCAACACUGCUUUUUCUUGCUCGCUAAAUUUAGCAAGCUAUGUCAAUGGGAGAAAAUGGAUACAGCCCAUGGCUGUUUUUAAACAUUGAUAGGAUAUUGUGGCAGUUUUGCAAGCUCAAAAGAAUGUGCAUGUGCAAUGUGUGUGCUUAUACAAGGCGUUGCUAUGUCACAAUGUAAAAGAAUGCAGUCUGGCAAUGUGCACACAGAUGAUGCAGUUUCUUGUCCUUGCCUGUCAAUAAAGAUUGGAAAAUUUGAACCACAGCACAUUAUUUUCAAUAUGAAAAUGUUUGAAAAGUGCCAGUAUAAACAUUCAAGCUGCAGUGCAAAUAAAUUAUUUCAUAAGCAUGUAUUUUGUGAAACAAUGCGCUUUGACUGCAGAGGCAGUGCUGUUAGUAUUGCAGUGCACGUGAAUCAUUACAGCAAGGUUUAAGAGAAUGUGCACAAUUUUACGCACCCUGUUCGCUUGCUGUUUGUAUCUUGUUAUGCCGAUUGUGAAAAAUUGAUGGCUCAAAUGGCAGAUAACAAGGCGGUAACAAUCGCUAACACUUGUGAUAGUUAUUGUGAUUGUAACUUCUCAUGCCCAGAUUACUACGUAUAUUGUGUCAAGUUCAUCAGUACCACCUAUGACGAGUACAUAUGUGCAAUCAAAAAUCUGUAAUAAAUUUGGACCUAGCAAAA